AUGGACACGGAGGUCGCCGAUGACAAGCCGUCUGCUGGCACCGUGACGGUGGUGGUGGAGAAUUCCAUCUCGGGCGAAGUCAUUGCCACCUGGUCCGAGGUGCCGCAGGACGAGCACCUGGAAGCACUGCAGAGGCUGCUGCCAACAGACCUGCACUCCAGGUUCAAGUUCGCCUCUGAGUCGGUGAGCCUUCUCGACCUGCAAGCGACUGAAGGCGUGAUCAGGCUCCACGCCUGCCGCGUGCGGGCCCCGUUGCUCUUCUCGGAGGUCAGCGAGUCCGUCACGUUGUCGGGCGAUGCGGAUGACCCUUCGCAGAUGGGUGCCACCAUCGCCAGCCGCGAUGGCGAUCACACGGGGGGCAUGGCCAUGACGGAAGCGCUGCGGUGGGCAGAUGGCGUAGCUUCCUUCGAAGUGGUGAUCAUGGAGAUGGAAAAGUUCGGCUCGGAGGGCAUUGAGAUCGGCAUCACCAACUGCAGCAGGGCAGAUGGCUUUUCGCUUCACCAGAAAUAUGCGGUGCUGUCGCAGCCAUCAUGGGUCAGCAGCGAUGCAGGGAAUCUCUGGAUCAGUGGCAGCAAGCAGUAUGGUGCUGCCUUUCCGCCUUGGAAGGACGUGACACCGCGGAGACUCCAAGCGGACGACGUGGUGCGCUUGGCCUUCUACGCGGAGACCGGCGACAUGGAGAUCUACGUCAAUGAGGUGAGGCAGGCUCGAUGGUCGGGCGAAAAGAUGCCCAAGUCUAAGACUCUGGUCGUAUCUGAGGGGCAACAACUCUACGGCCUUGUUGGCCUGCGCCGGCCGCUGAAAGUGGCACGGGUGCGGCUGCCCAGAUGA